CUGGGGACGCCUGGGGGUCACCUGUCCCUGUCUGCAGCCCGCGAGUGCCCUCCGCCGCCACCAUGCCCACCCACCGCCUCGUGAUGGUUCGGCACGGUGAGAGCACCUGGAACCAGGAGAACCGCUUCUGCGGCUGGUUCGACGCGGAGCUGAGCGAGAAGGGGGCUGAGGAGGCCAAGAGGGGGGCCCAUGCCAUCAAGGACGUGAAGAUGGAAUUUGACAUCUGCUACACGUCCGUGCUGAAGAGGGCCAUACACACCCUCUGGACCAUCCUGGACACAACGGACCAGAUGUGGCUGCCUGUGGUGCGCACCUGGCGCCUCAAUGAGCGGCACUACGGGGGUCUCACUGGCCUCAACAAGGCGGAGACGGCCGCCAAGCACGGGGAGGAGCAGGUGAAGAUCUGGAGGCGCUCCUUUGACAUACCUCCACCCCCCAUGGAUGAGAAGCACCCCUACUACAACUCCAUCAGCAAGGCACGUCGCUAUGCAGGCCUGAAGCCGGGGGAGCUGCCCACGCAUGAGAGCCUCAAGGACACCAUCGCCCGGGCUCUGCCCUUCUGGAAUGAUGAGAUCGUCCCCCAGAUCAAGGCUGGCAAGAGAGUGCUCAUCGCAGCCCACGGGAACAGUCUGCGGGGCAUCGUCAAGCACCUGGAAGGGAUGUCGGACCAGGCCAUCAUGGAGCUGAACCUGCCCACGGGGAUCCCCAUCGUGUAUGAGCUGGACCAGGCACUGAAGCCCACCAAGCCCAUGCGGUUCCUGGGUGACGAGGAGACCGUGCGCAAAGCCAUGGAAGCUGUGGCUGCCCAGGGCAAGGCCAAGUGAAGGGUGGGCUCUGGCAAUAAAGGCACGUCCUCUCACUG